AGGUCGAGCUUUGUGAUUGAUGGGCAUUAGUAUUUAUAUUAUUCUGAUUUCUGAAUCCAUCAAAAACCAAACCCACCAAAAACCCUCCUCACUCACUCUUAUCCAUCAAUCUGGCUCCGUCAACCAUGGCAUCCUUCGCUGCCCCCAACAACAUUGGCAGCGCCGUGCUACCCUCUCGCCAGAGAAAACCCUCUCGACCCCCUCCCCUCAAAUGCUCCCUUCUCCCUUCUUCCAACAACAACGAUUCACUCUCAAACCCUUCUUCCUCUCACACUCCGCCGCUCUUCAAAGCCAUCGCCAUCUCCUCCGCCGCCUCCAUCCUCUUGCAAUGCACCCCUCUCUCCCCCUUCUUCCCUAACCCCCUCACCAAACUCGGCGGAGGCGGUAACACCGGUGGCGGCGGCGGCGGCGGAGGAGGAGAUGAUGGGUGGUUCGGCGGCCAUGGAGGAGGCGGCGGCGGCGGAAAUGGAGGGUUCUGGUCCAGAAUGUUCGCCGCGGUCGCCGACGAAAACCAGCCUCAGGAGUGGGAUUCACACGGUCUACCCGCCAACAUCGUUGUCCAGUUGAACAAAAUGAGUGGCUUCAAGAAGUACAAGGUUUCGGACAUCUCCUUCUUCGAUCGGAACAGGAAGACAAAAGUUGGCACCGAGGAUUCGUUCUUCGAGAUGGUUUCUCUUCGGCCGGGCGGGGUUUACACCAAAGCCCAGCUCCAGAAGGAGUUGGAGACUCUUGCGACUUCUGGAAUGUUCGAGAAGGUUGAUUUGGAAGGAAAAACAAACCCAGACGGCUCAAUUGGGGUUACCAUUUCCUUCAGCGAGAGCACGUGGCAAUCUGCUGAUGGAUUUCGUUGCAUCAAUGUAGGGUUGAUGCAACAAACAAAACCCGUUGAAAUGGAUGCUGAUAUGACCGAUAAGGAGAGGCUGGAGUACUAUUUGAGUCAGGAGAGGGAGUACAAGAGGAGAAUCGAGAGGGCGAGACCCUGCCUCUUGCCGCGCUACGUGCACAAUGAGAUCCUGGACAUGCUCAAGAGACAUGGCAUGGUCAGUGCUAGGCUGUUGCAGAGGAUUCGGGACCGAGUGCAGAAAUGGUAUCAUGAUGAAGGCUAUGCCUGCGCUCAGGUCGUUAAUUUCGGGAACCUCAACACCAAGGAGGUUGUUUGUGAGGUUGUUGAAGGGGAUAUCACACAAUUGGAUAUUCAGUUCCAGGAUAAGCUUGGUAAUGUUGUUGAAGGGAACACCCAAGUCCCUGUCAUUCAAAGAGAGCUUCCCCGGCAGCUGCGCUCAGGUUACACUUUCAAUAUUGAAGCAGGGAAGCAAGCUUUAAGAAAUGUGAACUCCCUUGCUUUGUUUUCAAAUAUUGAGGUCAAUCCGCGCCCUGAUGAGACUAAUGAAGGAGGUAUAAUUGUUGAAAUUAAGCUAAAGGAGUUAGAACAGAAGUCGGCUGAAGUCAGUACUGAGUGGAGUAUUGUCCCUGGACGUGGAGGGCAUCCCACUCUGGCUUCGCUCCAGCCUGGUGGCACUGUUAGUUUUGAACAUCGGAAUCUGCAAGGGCUGAAUAGAUCUAUUAAUGGUUCUAUUACAACUAGCAACUUCUUGAAUCCUCAGGAUGAUCUUGCAUUUAAGCUAGAGUAUGUACACCCAUAUCUGGAUGGGGUGUACUAUUCACGCAACCGUACUCUCCGUGUAAGCUGCUUCAAUAGCCGAAAACUGAGUCCAGUAUUCACUGGGGGGCCAGGCGUGGAUGAAGUGCCUCCAAUAUGGGUUGAUCGUACUGGUGUUAAAGCUAAUAUUACAGAGAAUUUCACACGUCAGAGUAAAUUCACAUAUGGACUUGUAAUGGAAGAGAUAACAACGCGUGAUGAAAGUAGUCAUAUCUGUGCAAAUGGUCAAAGAGUAUUACCUAGUGGAGGAAUUAGUGCUGAUGGACCUCCAACCACCCUCAGUGGUACUGGCAUUGAUCACAUGGCAUUUUUACAGGCAAAUAUUACACGAGAUAACACCCGUUUUGUGAAUGGAACUGUUGUUGGAGACAGAAAUAUGUUCCAGGUAGACCAAGGCCUUGGCAUUGGCAGCCAGUUCCCGAUCUUUAACCGCCACCAACUAACUCUGACACGAUUUAUUCAGCUGAUGGCAGUGGAGGAAGGGGCUGGUAAACCACCUCCACCGGUGCUUGUCCUCCAUGGCCACUAUGGUGGUUGUGUAGGUGAUCUCCCCAGCUAUGAUGCUUUUACUCUUGGGGGUCCCUAUUCUGUAAGGGGCUACAACAUGGGUGAGAUAGGAGCAGCCAGAAAUAUCCUUGAGCUUGCAGCUGAGUUAAGGAUACCUGUUAAAGGUACGCAUGUGUAUGCAUUUGCUGAACAUGGCAAUGAUCUAGGGAGUUCAAAGGGUGUCAAAGGUAAUCCUACAGAAGUCUACAGACGAAUGGGUCAUGGUUCAUCCUACGGUCUUGGUGUCAAGCUCGGUUUAGUGAGAGCAGAAUACGCUGUUGAUCACAACUCAGGAACUGGUGCAUUGUUUUUCCGUUUCGGAGAGAGGUUUUGAAGUGCAAAUUAGUGACAUUAGUAUAUUGUUCACUGGGGUUUCUUCUUUUGGUUGGGGGAGGGGAUUAUAGAUGCUUAAAAAUUACAUGUGCUAGACUAGCAGACUUGGUGGUGUUUUUGUUUGUUUCCCGUAAAAUUGGUAGAGGGUUCUUUGGAAAUAUUAAGAUGGUAGAUAAUCUUGAUUUCUGUUAUGAAAUGGAUUUAGUUUAUCUUUGCGGCUAGUGAUCAUUGCACAGUUCAUGAGAACAAAUGGAUCCAUAUAAUCUUUUUAAUAUUUUUUUUUGUUAAAUAUGAUUGUCAAAUUAUUAGAGGUUAAAAGACAUCAUAAUGUUAUAAAUUA